AUGGUGCAGCUUUCCAAGUUCCUCAUCGCCGCAGCGUGUGUGGCUGUUCCUACUCUCGCUCAUCCGGGCGAGAAGCACGAUGCACAUGUGCUGAAGCGGGAGAUUCGCCUCCGUGAUGCCCAUGCUGCUGCAGCUAAACGGUCCCUGGGUGGCUGUGAGAACAGCCUGCAUGCCCGGAAUCUAGCAAAGCGAAAUGUUGCCCGUCGUGCGAACGCUGUCAAGCAGCUCCGUGCAAAGCGCGGUAUCACCGAAGGUACUGAUAAGUGGCGUCGCACUCUGGCUGAUAUUGAGAAGUGGGAGGCUGUUAAUCACAACAAGACCGAUAUCCUCAACAAUAGUCCGGCUACUUCAGAGUCGGUGAUCUUCUCAGCUAACACGAGCUGCAUCCUUACCCCGACUAUCACGGACGGCCCCUAUUAUGUAUGGGGUGAGGCUGUGCGUCAAAAUGUCAAGGAGGAUUUAUACUCUGAUGGUGUUGAUAUCGCUCUGGAGAUUCAGUACAUCGACAUCAACACGUGCCAACCUGUUCCAGGGGCAUUGGUUGAUAUCUGGAAUGCCAAUGCUACCGGUAUAUAUAGUGGCAUUUCCGUGUCUGGCAACUAUGCUGAAGAUGGAUGGGACUCUACCUACCUACGUGGUAUCCAAGAGACCGAUAAAGACGGUGUUGUCACCUUCAACACCAUCUUCCCGGGUCACUAUGAUGGGCGAGCUACCCACACUCAUUUGUUGACCCAUCUGAAUGCAACCCUUCUCCCCAACAAAACCCUCGAGGUGGGAACGGGGAGUAUUGCCCACAAUGGACAACUUUUCUGGAACGAGGACCUCCGAUCAGCGGUUGAGGAUACAUAUCCUUAUAAUACGAACACCCAAAGCAUCACAACAAAUGCCGGUGAUAUGUGGAGCAUCUUACAGGCCAGCAGCGCAUAUGACCCAUUCCCCGAGUACAUUUAUCUUGGUGAUUCUUUGGAUGAUGGUUUGUUCGCUUGGAUCCAGAUUGGCAUCAACAGCACCUUGGACUAUACCAAUAACUCUUACUACUCCAUUGCUGCUUACUAUGAUGCGGAUGGUGGCCAUGAGAACUCGAGCGGUGCCGACGGUGGCAGUGGCGGCGGAAGUAAACCAUCUGGCAGCGUGCCCUCUGGUGUGCCUUCUGGUACACCCUCCAGCGGCGCCAUUGCUAAUUGA